AAAUAGUUAAUAGAUGGUCACGUAGUAUUUGCAAUAACGAGAUGCAUUACCAUGAAGCAUCAUCUUCUUCACACUACCUCUUGCUCUAGUUACAUGUAUACAUACAAGAAAGUCAUUUCACUUUGCAUUCAUGGCAGACCACACUACCACCACCACCAUUUCUUUCAUUCUUCCGCAACCACCACCAACCUCAUACUUCACCACAUCAACAACUUCCUAUCUCUACGCCCCCCUACACCCCUCCAAACACUCACAAAACACCACGCUUUCAUCAUCACCACAGGCAAUCACUCCAACAACGUCUUCAUUUCUUCUAAACUCAUCUCCCUUUACGCCAAUCUCCACCACCCCACUUCAUCCACACAAGUUUUUCACUCAUUUCAUGGCUACAAAGACAUCUUCCUUUGGAACUCCAUCAUCCAGGCCCAUUUUUCCAAUGCUAUGUACUCACAGUGUCUCCAUUUUUAUAAUUCCAUGAGGGUUUUUACUCCUCUUUUGCCUAACCAGUUUACUGUUCCCAUCGUUGUUUCCGCUUGUUCGGAGAUUCGGGACUUGGUUGCUGGUAUGAUUGUACAUGGCCUGGUGUUUAAAGUUGGGCUUUUUGAUGACAGCGGGGCUUCCUUUGUGUAUAUGUAUUCGAAAUGCGGGUGUGUGGAGAGUGCACGCCAGGUGUUUGAUGAAAUGCCUGUGAGAGAUGUGGUUGCUUGGACUGCGCUUGUUAUCGGGUAUGUGAGUAACGGUGAGAGUGAUAACGGAUUGAGGUGUGUUUUUGAGAUGUAUAGAGCGGACGAGAGGCCGAAUUUUAGAACGUUAGAAGGUGGAUUCCAAGCCUGUGGCGAUUUGGAGGUGGUGUAUGCUGGUCGAUGCUUACAUGGAGCAGCUGUAAAAUCUGGACUUGGAUGUUCGGUUCCUGUUAAAUCUUCAAUCUUGUCCAUGUACUCAAAAUGCGGAUCUCUUGAGGAGGCUUGUUUGUCGUUUUGUGAAGUUGACGUGAAAGACAUAAAAUCAUGGACGACGAUUAUCGGUGUGUAUGGAAAAUGGGGAUGUGUUAGACGUUGUUUAAGUGGAUUUAUGGAAAUGCUUGCUUAUGGGAUAAUUCCAGACCCAAUGGUAGUCAGUUGUGUGAUAUCUGGUUUGGCUAACUCAACUUGCACAUCUGCUGGAAAAACGUUUCACGGGUUUAUGGUCCGAAGAAACUAUCAUCAAGAUCAGAUGGUUCACAAUGCGUUGGUAUCGAUGUACUGUAAGUUUGGACUGAUAAGUUACGCGGAGAAUGUAUUCAAAUCCGCGCGUAUUCUUGACAAAGAAGUUUGGAAUGCAAUGGUACAUGGCUAUGGUAAAGUAAGAAAUGGGGCGAAAUGCAUAAACUUGUUUGCAAAAAUGCUUGAUUUUGGCCUCGAUCCCGAUCCUUACAGUCUAGUAUCAGCUCUUUCUUCAUGUUCAGAAGUCAGAGAAAUGAAUAUAGGGAGAUGUCUUCAUGGUUAUGCUGUAAAGAGAUUAAUGAAUGAGCAUGUGUCGGUUUCAAAUUCACUCAUAGAUAUGUAUGGUAACAUUGGAGAACUGGAAACUGCAAAGAGGCUAUUUUGUAGGACAGAUAAAGAUGUUAUCACUUGGAACACAAUGAUUUCUACUUAUACGCGCCAUGGGCGUUAUUCCGAGGCGUUUUCCUUGUUUAAUAAAAUGAUUUUGCAAGGCACAAAACCGACAGCAUCAACACUAAUCAGCAUGCUUUCUGCAUGUACCCAUAUGGCAUCGGUUGAGAAAGGUAUUCAGAUACACAAGUAUAUAGAAGAAAACCAGCAGGAAAUGCUUUUGUCAAAUGUAACUGUUGCCACUGCAUUAGUUGACAUGUAUGCCAAGUGUGGACAGCUUGAAAAAUCCAAAAAUAUAUUCAAGAAAAUGACCGAAAGGGAUGUAAUUUCUUGGAAUGUGAUGAUAUCUGGUUAUGGGUUGCAUGGAGACGCCACAUCAGCAAUAGAUAUGUUCCGAGAGAUGGAGCUGUCAAAUGUUAAACCAAACGAGCUUACUUUUCUUGCGCUUCUUUCAGCUUGUAAUCACGCAGGGCUUGUUGACGAAGGAAAAUCUUUAUUUGGGAGAAUGGUGGAUUAUUAUUCUCUGAAACCAAGCCUUAAACACUAUACUUGUAUGGUAGAUCUUCUUGGUAGGUCGGGUGAUUUGGGUGAGGCUGAAAAUUUGGUAUUGUCUAUGCCGGUCGGAGUAGUUCCUGAUGGAGGUUUGUGGGGUGCCUUGUUAAGUGCCUGUAAAAUUCACAACAACCAUGAAAUGGGUACUCGGAUUGCAAAACGAGCAAUUGAAUGUGAGCCGACGAAUGAUGGAUAUUAUAUAAUCCUUGCAAAUUUGUAUGAUUCUAUAGGGAUGUGGGAGGAUGCUGAAAGGGUGAGAAAGUAUAUGAAGGAAAGGGGAGUUGAAAAGGCAGUUGGUUGGAGUGCAGUGUGACCGGUUAGUAGAGGGGAUCAUGUCGGCGAUACGUAAAUGGCGGGAGACAAAGAAAGGAAAACCGGCUGCUAUGGGGACAUUACUGGAAGACGAAUGAAAGGAGGGAGAGACACCACUAGAUAAAACUUUCGAUUUCCGAGGAACUUCCGAUCAAAAUGAGUUGGGGAAGAGGGCGUUGCAGCCAUUCUUGCACAAAUUACUUGUUGAAUAACUCCAUUUAUUACUCAUUUGAUAUAUAUAUUUUUUCUUCUAAAAUGGCCUGCCUUGACCCAACCAAACUGAACCUUUUUAAUAUGACCCGGCCCGAGUAGUUUGCGACUCUUACCACUGAACUAACCCAUGCAUAAGUAAGUUGCCACCUCCCCAUGUUAGUUUUCCAUUCUUUCUUGAACAUAAACAUGAGCUAAUGUGUAGUGAGUGAAAUUGUAACUCAUUUUUUCAUAUUCAUAUAGAGUUUGCAUUAAAAAUAAAUUAUGGGACCCGGUUUUUACUGGGCAGGGUAGUUUGAUUUCUCCGAUUGUUGGGACUUUAGUAUCUAGAGUAUACAUGCC